AUCUUCAUAUCUUCGAUAUUUUUCAUAUUCAAGUGUGAGAAGUGUGUUCAUAUAUCGUCAGUAUUAUUACAUAUUGAGGAGCUGCACGCACUACGCCUUUAUAUUCUUAACUUUUUCCCUGCAUUUCCUUACCGAUACUCUUUCCCCCCCCCGCCCCCUCGGUUUUAUUCUAGCUGCUGGACAGCUUGGUUAGUUGGUUCCUUUUGCCACUGUCACAUUAUCAACACCGCUUUUUGGUCUCGUACCUAUUUUUAACUUGGCGGAAAGGCGGAAAGGUAUUCAUGUCCUGUUGUAAUAUAUUCAACUGUCUGCCUUCUUCUUCCAAAGUUCUUCGAAAGUCGAGUGGUAAAGCGAAGCUUUCCAAUUCUUCAGAUAUGGGGAACGACGAUAAUUUGGCUUAUGGUACGAUGGAUACCGAUCAACCUCAGACUGGUACUGCUACCAAUGAACGAACUGAGAGACCAAAGAAUGAUAGGAGAAAAACAACUUACACCUUCCCCAUCAAAAUUAUGCCCUCACCAAAAUCCGCAACUACAGCCAGCACCAAUCUUACUCCGGAAUUCACAGAAUUCGAUACCCAGGCUUACUACAAUGAAUCUCUGGAUUACAACUACAUUUCUUCCCGAUUCGCCUUCUCCCUUGGUUUGAAACCAGAUGCCGAUCGUGAAGCCAAACCACGCUCAAAAUCUGUAUCCAAACCAAAAAUCCCCUUCAAGCCAAAGCAUCUAGCAAGAUCUCAAACAGCACCAGUCGCUGAAAUUAAGCCCCUUCAAAGAUCAAGGACAGAACCGCUUUCACGAAGAAUUUUCUCGCCUUUAGGUAGAGAAAGUAUUAUAGAAGAUACACCUCCUUCUACAUCUACAACUCCAGCUCUUCCACCUAGAAUACCACCCAGAAGAACUUCCACAACUGCUACUCUCGUACCUUCAAAUGCUCAAGCUCCUCCCAUUUUCUCACUCUUGGAACCGACGCCAGAAGCAAUCUCAAGAUCGAGUUUAACCAGUCCGUUAUUUCCAGAUGCUAAUCUAAAUCCUUUCUCGCCAAGACCGGGAGCCACUUUUGGGGCGAUGGUUGUUGACACGCCACCGAGAACACCACAAAGACCUCAAAUAUUGCAUACACAAACGGAGGGCAAUCCAAGUAUUUUUGAAGCACUAAAUUCACAUCCUGUGACUCCAUCCAUUACAAAUAUCCCAACAAUUCUGACCGAAGAACCGGAAGGGGUGUCGGAAGAGCCGGAAGAUGCAUCUUCUGAAACAGAGCGAGAACGAGAUCUCGAGGGAAUGGGAACCGGUACUGGAAUUGGAAUGGGUUUCGGAAUCGGAGAAGAAAUCCGGGGUCGAGAGAUUUCAGAUCCGGAUUCCAUGACGGGUGAUCUAACACUUCAUUGGAAAUCUUCCCCUCUAUCACGCUAUACACAACGAACCGUUUUCUGGAUCGUUCCAAAUGCGAAAUUCGAUCUUGUGUUUGGACACGAUGAAACGGAUUUCAACAUUCCCAUUCAAAACCCACCAAAGUGGGGUUUGAGCAAUUGGGGGAUUGGACAGGGGAGAGGAAGAAGAGGAGAAAGAAAUCAAUUUCGAGAGGGGAUUAGAAGGGGAGUCCUUAAACAAGUGGAGGAGCAAAGUACCUUUUCGUUACUGUACAGUGCAACGAAUCUGAUGGAUGCGUGGUUAAGACCACCUUAUCAGAUUAAUGGACGAGCACAUUCGCAACAUUCGGACUCGAAACCGUUGCUUUCAAAUGGAGAUGAGAAUGGAGGCAUUCAUGAAAUAGCAUUUACAUUACCGGAGUUGGAAUAUCAACUCAGGAACGAGUUGAAGUGUACUGAUGAAAGGAGACGCAAACAUGAGGGGAAGAGAGCAGUUAAUAUCUGGGAUGUUAGGGCUGGAAAGGCCGUUUUGGCCGAGCAGGCUAAAGGCGCUAGUGGAGAGAUCAGAAAAUUGGUGGGAGCUGUAGUAAAGGAUGUUCGGGAGAACGGGAAAAAGAAAGUCGCGGAAAGUGCGAAUAUGACUUUGGUUGGGAGAGCUCCUCGUGAAGAACCGGAAGUGGAAGCUGCACAUGAUAAAUUUGUUCAUGUGGAGACUCCUGUUUCCGUAACUCCUGCUCCCGUUGUCUCAAACGAAGAUUUCACGAUGGUCAGCAGACCACAAGCAGAGUCUUCCCCCGCUACCUCUCCCCUUCUCCCCGUUGUCGCUCCACUUCCUAACCCCCAAACUUUCGAUCUCUCCCCCACCACCGCCAAUGACACCGCGAAUCAAAGUCCCAGCUCCUCUCUCCGUGUCGAAUUCACUGAUGCUCAAUUGCAAGCACAGAUUCAAGCGCAAAUGGAACGAGAGAUGGAACGUGAAAUGGAGCAGGAAAUGGAACGCGAAAUGCAGGCGCAGAUUGAAGCUGAGAUGAAGGCUCAAGCACAAACUCAACCUCAAUCUCCAUCUCACGACGAGGUAAGAGAUGAAGUGAGAGAUCUGCCACCAGCACUCCCUCCCCGUCCUAAAAGAUUCGAAAGAUCUUCAACUUUUGAUUUCGGAUCUGGGGACGCAAAGGAUGAGCAGCCUAGACGUCUUGCCCGAUCCUCAACCUUUGAUUCUCCAGCUUCUUUCACGGCUUUGAGAAAAUCAGAUCGUGAUAUCCAUGCUUCCAUCUCGGCCCUUCGUUCGGCUCAUAAUGACGAUGAGGAUGAUGAGGAAAAUGAAGCGAUGUCUGAGAUUAUGGUUUCGCGCAUCCCGGUUCGUGAGUUAGUUUUGGAAGAGGAAGUCGAGUUUAGCGUUCUCCCGGAUCGAAGUUUCGGGACGCUGAAAGAGAGGUUUGAGAUGAUGUGGCAGGGAGAGGAUGAGAGAGUGCAUUCCGAGAGGAAGGUUUGGAGAGGGAAAUUCAGAGGGGUUUUGGGAGAAUUGUGUAGAGUUGUUGCGGAGAAGUGAGGUGUGAAGUGUGCGGAGAUGAUGAGAGAAGGAGAAAUUGAAAACGAGAGCAGAGGGAGUUGGGAAUCGAGAUGUUGCUCGCUCAGGCUGUUUGUUAUAUGAACACGAUUCUCUACUCGGUCUGGAAUGUUGGGUGGGGUGAGUGGAGAGGGGAUCCACUUUGACAGCGCAGCUCGCGAAGCUGUGAGGAUGGAUGGGGAAUUAUGAUGCGGGGGGCUUGGCGGAUUGGGAUAGGAUGGAUGGUUUGGAGUUGCUUUCUUUUUUUUUUUUUUUUUGUUUCUUUGCUCGUGGAUUUGUGGUUGGUUUAUACUCCGUGUUCUUAUAUAUCUAUAUAUCUAUAUCAUGGGAAUUGCGGGAUGGGUUUUGAGGAAUGGAUGGGUGUUUUUUGGGUAUUUUUGGGCUUUUUGGAAUGGAUUUGUGGAUUGCUUUGAUGGACGAUGAAUGAUGGAUGGAUGAAUAGCAUGUUUUUUCUUUGUUUGAUGGGUGGGAGGGAUGGGAUGAGAUAUGAGAUUGAGAUGAUGAGAUUGUUGUGAUGAGAUUGGGAUAUGAU